AUGGAUAUUUACGCGGACCACGAAGUGACAAUCUGGGAAAAAUCUGGGGAAAAUCAACCACCCUGCGGCCAGAGUGCUGAUGGAAGGGAUGUGGCGAUCGUCGGCCCACCGGGAGUUUCGUCAAGUCAGGUGCGGUCGGUGAUGGGGUACACGUACUGCGUAGGGUCUCGCGCCCUGCAGGUGAAGAAACUAGUGCGAAGGCAGUGGAUAUCGAACCGGAAGAGAAAAAGAGGAGAAGAAGAAGAAGAAGAGGAAGAGGAGGAGGAGCAGGAGGAGGAGAAGACCCUCGACCGGGAUCGGGAUCGGAAUCACGAUCGGGACCAGGACCGGAGCCGGGACGCAUCCACCUUCCUCCUCUGCGCCAAGGGCCUGCACGACCAGGCGCGCAACCAGUAUCUGGGCACGCUCAUGUUCGCCAUGCUGGCCGGGCUGGCCGACCCGGCCGACGAGGCGGUGGCGGGCGCGCUUGCCCGAAUCCGAGACGAGUUCCGCGCCUCCGAGAUCCGCCCCGAACACGUCCACUUGGACUGGCCAGCCUACCGCUGGAUCGAUCCGGACACCCGCAGCUUGGAGAGGGUCCCUGGAGGACGCUGA